AUGACAUUUCUUCCGAGCAAUGGUGGUCUUCAUGGUUAUCAGUUCACUUUCGAAACAUACCUAGACUCAUCCUCACGAAACAUCGAGGCUGACGUUAGUACCCUGAUGAACCAGAUGUCCUGGGAUUCAACAUAUGACUCCGUUUCCCUCUCAGAGAGCAUCUCCAAGUACGAGGAAGAAUUUGGGAGAACAUACCAUUCCUAUCGCGCGGGGUCUUACCAUUACCCCAACGACCCUACCGAGACUGAGCGUCUAGAUGACCAAUAUGCAAUCGCCAAAGAGGUGAUGGAGGGUCGCAACUACUUUGCGCCCUUCUCUCGUAAAAACUCCCCAAGAAAGGUGCUGGACAUCGGGACGGGUACUGGCACCUGGGCCAUCGACAUGGGCGAUGAGUUCCCCGAGGCCGAGAUUAUCGGGACCGACCUCUCACCUGUUCAACCCGAUCUCGUUCCGCCAAAUGUCCGAUUUUUCGUGGAAGAUUCAUCCGAAGAGUGGAUAUAUCCUCCCAACUACUUCAACUAUAUCCACACCCGAUACACCCUCGGUUGCUGGUCAGAUAUGAAGUCUCAAAUUAUCCAACGAGCAUUCGAUCACCUAAAACCGGGCGGGUGGCUCGAGUGCCAGGAGCUGAACGUGCUCCCAGUAUGCGACGACGGCAGCAUGACGGAUGACUACAAGCUGCUGCAGUGGGCUCAAGAUAUGGACGUAGCGUCCAGGGCUGCGGAUCGAGAGCUGAUCAUUGGCGACGAUAUCAAGCAGUGGCUGGAGGAGGUUGGAUUUGUGGAUGUGCAGCAGAUGGUCUUGAAACUUCCCGUGGGCGGGUGGGCUAAGGAACCAAGGUUGAAACACCUCGGAAUGCUUUGGCAGAGGAAUCUGUCAGGCGGACUGAGUGGUUUAAGUGUUGGGUUGCUGCAUCGGUUUGGUGGAAAGACGGUAGAACAGGUCGAGGUGAGUUUUCUGUCGCAUUGA